AUGGCCAGCUCGGGCUCGGGCUCGGCCGCCGUCUCCCUCUCGGCCCUGGGCUUCCAGCAGCGGGCCGGGCUGCACUCCAGCUCGAACCGCGGCUCCGCGUGGGCGGCCGCCGUCCAGGUCGCCACGAACAUGGUGGGCAACGUCGCGAAGCGGGCGGCCAAGGACACCAUGACGAUUGAUCCGCUGCGCACCGUGGCCAAGGAGAUGAAGUUCCUGACGGGCAACAUCCGCAAGCUGCUGGGCUCCGGCCACCCAGCCCUCGACCGGGUCGCCAAGUACUACACGCAGGCCGAGGGCAAGCAUGUGCGGCCGCUCAUUGUGCUGCUCAUGUCGCGGGCCACGCAUCUGUGUCCCAAGAGCCCGCGCCAUGCGACGCCCGAGACGGCGCGGGGCAUCGACUCGUCAAUAUCGCCCAUGCAGAUCCUCAGCGACGUCAACCCCAUGGCGAGCGCUACGUCGUACGACGCCGAGCUGGCCGACGCGGCCAACGCGAACCUCGACAUCCUCCCGAGCCAGAGGCGGCUGGCCGAAAUCACAGAGCUCAUCCACACGGCGUCUCUGCUACACGACGACGUCAUUGACCACUCCGUCUCGAGGCGAGGGGCGCCGUCGGCCAACCUCGAGUUUGGCAACAAGAUGGCCGUCCUCGCGGGCGAUUUCCUCCUCGGCCGGGCCUCCGUCGCCCUGGCGCGGCUGCGCAACGCCGAGGUGGUGGAGCUGCUGGCCACGGUCAUCGCCAACCUGGUCGAGGGCGAGUUCAUGCAGCUCAAGAACACGGAGCGCGACGAGCGCAGCCCCAAGUGGUCCGAGGAGACGCUGAGCUACUACCUGCAGAAGACAUACCUCAAGACGGCCAGUCUCAUCUCCAAGUCGUGCCGAGCCGCGGCCCUCCUCGGCAACGCCGACCAGCACACGGUUGAGGCCGCCUACUCCUACGGCCGGAAUCUGGGACUCGCGUUCCAGCUGGUGGACGACAUGCUGGACUACACGCGAAGCGGGCAGGACCUGGGCAAGCCCGCAGGAGCCGAUUUGGAGCUGGGCCUGGCCACGGCGCCGCUGCUGUUUGCCUGGAAGCAAACGCCGGAGCUGGGCGCUCUCGUUGGGCGCAAGUUCUCUCAAGAGGGGGAUGUUUUGAGGGCCCGCCAAUUGGUUCUGCAGAGCGAUGGCGUCGAGCAGACCCGAGCCCUCGCUUACGACUACUCCGAAAAGGCCAUUGCUGCCAUUGCCGACUUCCCCGACAGCGAGGCCAAGGACGGUCUCAUUGAGAUGGCUCACAAGACGAUUCAGCGCCAAAAGUGA